AUGGCAACUCAAGUCAUUUCGGCGCCACCGGCACACCAUCUUCCUCAGCAGUUCGGAUAUGACAGCGACAUGAUGUCUUCAUACCAUCAACUUGAGAGUUUCCCUUCGGCCCAUGGUUCGUACACUUCCGAGCACUCAAGGCAACCACUCCUCAUGGUAUCGCCUCCAAACGCGAGUUCCGACAUUCCUUUUCGAAGACGAUCUUCUCACUCUCCGCGGUCGGGGUUGGUGGCACCAGUGUCUCAUAAUCGCACCCCUAUUCGGCACAAUAGGGGUAGCGUUAUGAAUGAUCGCAGCCACACCCGAGGCGAUAUGAUAAUGUCAUAUGCUGCCGAGGAGAAUACCUUGUAUCCAUCCCAGUCUCUCCCGUCUACAGUAGGUAUUCGAUCACAAAGUGGGCCCAGCAUGGCGCAAAUGUAUGGGAUGUCUGCGUAUCCUAUGUCGCCGCCCUUGGCCAGUUUCGGGCACCAAGGAGGGUAUUUCGGGUCACAACUUCAGUCUAACGUUGGGCAACCGGAGUCUGGAGAGUUUCCUCUGACCCAGGGGGAAGGAGAGAUUCAGAACUUCUAUACUGUCGGCCGAACCUCAUCUCAAGGUUCGGCGAUGAGUUUGCCGAAUGCAGAGUCACCCAACGCAAUGUAUUUGACACGAACACAGGGUCAUCAGUCAUUGCCGUCUGUUGGCGUUACGAUGCAACCAUUUCCACCCGUCCCAUCGACCUUGGAAUCCUCCCCCGCAGAAAGUGAAAUAAUGCCGUCUCGGCCCAAGCCGCAAUGCUGGGAUCACGGCUGCAACGGACGACAAUUCUCUACUUUUAGCAACCUGCUUCGACAUCAGCGGGAGAAGUCCGGCAGCGCGACGAAAGCUAUUUGCCCUCACUGCGGCACUGAGUUCACCAGGACCACAGCGCGAAACGGACAUAUGUCUGGUGGCAAAUGCAAAGGAAAACCUACCCCCGGAAAGUCCUAA